ACCACCAGCUCGACGCGCAAGGGAAGAGGGGAUCCCUUCGCAGCUCUCCGCGCAACCCUCGCCUCACGCGGCCGCUUCUCUUCGGAAAAAAACCCCUGCAGGACGCUACUCUUCUCUCUUCUUCUUCCAUAGAAAAAUAGUCGAAAAUUUAUUUCAAACCCUAGACCUAAAAAUGGCUCUUUUGGACGAGAGCAAGUUCGAGGUGCAGCUCAAUCUCUUGGCUCUUCGGAUCCCUCGUCAUCUCUGCACCUCAGUCCUCCGUCUCCUCAACAACGGAUACCUACUAGAUAAGGCUCGUAUCAAACCUAUAACCGAAGAUUCUGCAUCUGAGAAAAAACGUUUGGUUAUAUUAUCUGAAAAGAUUCAAAAUUCUGAUUUAUCAGAUAUUCCUCAGGAUGUAAUGGAUUCAUUAAAGAAGUUAUGUGAGAUUGAAGUGGUGCCUCAUACAUUGACACUUGGAUAUUCUUAUUGGGGAGCAGAUCAUAUACUGAAGCAAAUACUGCCACAAGGAGUGGAGGUACCUUCUUCUUUUGAAACAAUAGGUCAUAUUGCCCAUCUGAACAUAACUGGUGACCUACUCCCUUACAAGGAUGUCAUUGCAAAGGUUAUUUAUGAUAAAAAUCAACCAAGAAUUAAAACUGUGGUAAACAAAGUUGGUAGCAUUACAAAUGAGUUCCGAGUGCCAAAUUUUGAAGUUCUGGCAGGUGAAGAUAAUAUGGUCACGGAAGUUAAGCAGUAUGGUGCCACAUUUAGGCUUGAUUACAAGCUUGUCUACUGGAACUCGAGGCUCGAGCAUGAGCACAUUCGACUGAUUUCUCAGUUUCACAGAGGAGACAUCAUUUGUGAUAUGUUUGCUGGUAUUGGUCCUUUUGCUAUCCCAGCGGCACAGAAAGGAUGCUUUGUUUUCGCGAAUGAUUUAAAUCCUGAUAGCGUUAAUUACUUGAGGACUAAUAUGAAGCUCAACAAAGUGGAAGAUAAUGCCUGUGCAUACAAUAUGGAUGCUAGAAUAUUUAUGAAACACUUGAUGGAAAUUCCAGCUUCUGAGAUUCAUUCAAAAUCUCUGCUGAGCGAGCUGAAAGUUUGUGAAAUAAACAAAUUAUCAGCUACUGAGGAAGCAGCUACUGCAAAUGGAAGACUGACUGUUGAUACAGAUGGAGCACCAGUUGCUGGAGUCGCAAAUCAAGGGUUAGAUGUCUCAUUGACGAUAGACAAUGUUUCUGUUAAACGGCGACCUGAAAUUUGUGAUGAAGAGCAACAUGCUGAAGGUGGAGGUACUAAUGCGGGAAGUCAAAGAAAGGGGAAUGCUAAUAAGAGAAUAAGAGGUGUUAAAUCCCCAACUCCCAAGGCCUGGGAGCAUGUUGAUCAUGUGAUUAUGAAUCUUCCUGCAUCUGCUCUGUACUUUCUAGAUGUUUUUAAGGGUCUUCUUCAAAGGAAAUACUGGAAGGGCCCUUUACCCUGGAUACACUGCUACUGUUUCAUGCGGUCAAAUGAAACUGAAGAAACAAUCCUAGCUGAGGCUGAGGCUUCUUUUGGUGCAAGGAUACCAGAACCGAAGUUUCACAGGGUUCGAGAUGUCGCACCUAACAAGGCAAUGUACUGUUUAACCUUCAGGCUCCCAGAGGAAGCAUUUUCUAGAGAGGAUGAAGUACAGGACUCUACACAAAGUUUAGUUACUGAAUCAUAGCCAGGUAUCAAGCCAUACUCUGAAAAGAGUACAAAUAUUGGAUCUUUUAACUGUUACGAUGGGAUACGAGCAUGCUAAAUUUCCAGGCCUCUUCACUCAGGAAAAUUAGGGAGAUUCCUCGAAGAAAUAGUUACCGGUUCCAAUGAUUCUCCCCUGUAGUCAGGAAUCCAGUGGACAUAGUUACUGCAAUACUGUAUAUUAUUAACACACGAGAGUCUCAAACCGGGGGAAAAAGUUCCAGUUUAAAGUGGUUUUGUUGUCAUACAACAUUAAAUUGGAUGUGCUCUUUAUGAGUUUCCCAUUUAUUCACUUCUGUCAACCAAUCCUUUUUUUUUCUUAGUUACUUUUAGCUUUGUCCGAUAUCUUGCAUCUAGUGGUUUUAAUAACACCAAAUAUCAUAAUAACCACUAUCAGGAUCCAGCAAACGCAUGACAUAUGAGGGGAGUUAUAGUUUUACCGAUGCAUUAUUUCUUCUAACAGGCCUCAACAAGGAGCCAUCUCCAGCAGAAAUUUUUGGGAAAUAGUUGUGCUGCAUUCCAGGAUCUCAAACCUGAGACUUCCUUUAUGUUCCCUUAAAUUCUCCCCUUAACAGAGCAAACACCUUUAUAUUGGUACUCUUUGGUUGGAGUCGCUCCUAAAAUAGAUACUUAUCAAACAGUCUAAUAAAGUAGAACUCAUAUAGAACAUAUAAACGGAAGAACUGAACAUAUAUGUAUAGACCAAUUGGCUAAGACAAGCCAUACUCAUCAUGCCUUACCAAAUACACUACUAACAUAAUCAACCUUAUGAAUCUCAACUGCACUUAAACAAGUAGUUUACACAAUCCACAGCUUCUAUUAAGGUGCAAUAUACAGCCAGGACUAUAUAUCAAGAGUUAACUGUUGAUUUAUGCACAUCAACAGCUGGGUAGAUAGAUG